UGCUGCCCUGUUGCCCUGUUGCCCUGCUGCCCUUCUGCCCUUACCCACCAGAGUAGAGCCAUAGCAGCGCCAGCGCCAGCGCCAGCGCCAGAGCCAGAGCCAGACAGAAAGACCCCUACACUAGAGGCUAGCACCGACCACUACCUGCACCCACACCCACCGAACCACCCACGGGGCCAGGGUCCAUACAAACACCCGCGGCCACUUGUUUUGCCGCUUGCGCUUGCCUGCUAUUUACUCCCCUCGUCCUCCUCCUUCGCUUCGACUCUUGGUUCUCCUCUCUACCCUUUCCUCUCCUCUUACCUCUACUCCGUACCCUUUCGUUACAUUCUACAAGUACUGCGGCACUGUACGCACGAUCUGCAAAGUUUCAAAACACCACAUCCAAAAUAUACUUCGCCGUUGGACAUUGCGCCAGAUCGGUAGACAACCGAGUAACCCUCCCCCCUCCCAUCCCAUACCGUCACGCACUGGCACGCGGAAGUGCAGGAGGGACCAUGAACGCUGUCUGCUCUUGGCUUGGCACAAAGGCGCCGAAUAGCAAAAGUGUGGCACCUUUUAGCGAGUCCUCGCCGCCUGCUCCCGCCCUCGACAAUACCUCUGAGUCUGCCGCCGGAGCAUCUUCAAUCUCAACUCCAUCGUCCGAGGAGCAACCAGCCACACCCAAAAAUAUUAACAUUGACAUCGACAUUACCGGUCUGGAGGAUUCGAACAUGACCUCGACCUCUCCGAUUAACAUCGCCACAUCCAGAACCUCGUCUUCAUCUCCCUCCGCCAUGGGCAUGAAGCCUGUCAUAAAUUAUCCAGAUACCGAUUCGCGGACCUCUGCCAUCAUGAGUGGCGGCGCAUACGAUGCUGGUCUGGGAAGAUCACGCCAGGACUCGUUCGCCGGCGCAAAACCCAUAUCGAUGAAUAAUCCAAAUCGCAAUGGACAAGACAAUCGCCAACGUCGAGAAAGUUUGGCCGGCAGCCUGGUCGGAGGCAUGAGUUGGGGUGGUGUUUCUGUCGGCAGCUGGAUUCGAGAUGAGUAAGUGCAUCCAAUCCGACCUCAAGGUCCUCUGAAUCGUCUGGCCUCCCAUUCCCGCGGGCUGAGCAAGAGUACGGGAAAAAUUGUGUUGCGCGCGCCACAUUAUUCCGAAUAUCUACUUACACUCAUCACAGUAUUAUCAUGACAGGCACUUCCCCAUUCCCAUACAAUUCCCCCUCCUACCACUCCUCGUCUUAUCUACCAAAGCUCGAAGCAAAUUUCAUGAAGGACUUUGCAUGCUGUGGUCAAACCUUACCCACACUCCAUGACCUUUUACAGCACUACGAAGAGAGCCAUGCACAACAAACCCCACAGUCGAUGCGAACUGCCUCCGCAGCCGCCCGGGCAAGAGAAAAUUCGACCCCCAACAGCAAAGCAGCCCUCGCGGUACAAGCUGCAAGCGCCGUUCAGCACCAAUCCCAACAACAUAUUCAACCACCUGUACCUAAUCGAACAAAUUUACAAUUGCCCCAAAAUGGACCGGCUGUCGGAGGAAUCCAAUUGAUGCGACAGCAACAGCAACAAAAAUCUCAACCUUCAACUCCAGUCCAAAAGAAUGUACAGGCAGCUCGGGACCAUGAGAUGGAAGGUGUAGAGGACAUGGAAAUGGACGAUGCCGUUGGUCCUAUGGACAAUGCCCCAGAUACUCCAGUUCAACCAAUCUCACAACCCGUUCAGCCCGCACAACCUUCACUUUUUGGACAACAACCGCGACCAAAUUUACAUAUGAACUUGAACGGCAUGCAACACUCUGGUCUGAGAACGUCUCAGCCACCAACACCAGCAUCUUCUGGUUUCGGUUUCCAGAAUAACCCAACCGUUUCCUCUGUAAACACCCCUUCGCUUAGUGCGCAACUUCCACAACAACAACAUAAUACUUUCUCUCCCGAUCCCUCGGUUCCCGGCACCCCGGCUAACGAAGAUGAUGAUUACUCCCAAAUGCCCAUGAACAUGGCUCAAAUGAAUAUGAUGAACAUGAAUUUUCCCUUUGGAUUUGGAGCCGGAAAUGAGCUUGGUAUAGAUCUAUGUAUAGACGAGCCCGCAAAACGCUUAUAUAGUCCAAGUGGCGCUUUCAGCAAUCAGAGAGUAAUGCAACAACAGUUUGCUCAGUUCAACUUGGGUCAAGGUCAAGGUCAUGGCCAAUACGACCAGAAUAGCGAUCUUAUGAGAGCUUACCGACAGCAACAACAGCUCAUGGCAAUGAAUGGCAUGGGAAAUCCCGCGGCCGCAAUGAUGAUGGCUGCCGAAGAACACAAACCUUUCAAGUGCCCUGUCGUUGGCUGUGAGAAGGCCUACAAGAAUCAGAACGGUCUCAAGUAAGCCACACACAAAUCCUCCAAACGAUGAACCAACUAACUCGAAUACUAGAUAUCACAAGACUCACGGUCACCAAACACAACAAUUGCACGAAAAUGGCGAUGGUACAUUUUCCAUUGUUAAUCCAGAAACUUCUACUCCAUACCCGGGUACCCUUGGCAUGGAAAAGGAGAAGCCUUACAAAUGUGAAGUUUGUGGCAAGAGAUACAAGAACUUGAAUGGACUCAAAUAUGUAAGUAAAACUCCCGUGUUAUCCGAUGCCUCGGCUCAUAGUGAUCUAGCACAAGCAACAUUCGCCUCCUUGCAAUCCAGACCUCAAGCUCAGCAGUCAUAUUGCAGCUGCUGGUCUAGGUGGAUUGGGUGUCAAUGUAGCGGGAUUGCCCGGCAUUGAUGAAGGAGGAAUGAUGUGAACCCGCAUACUCUUCUCACCAAACCAAAGUACGCCAUGCUUGGCAUCCAUAUGACUCGACAAUUCGAACAUUCGAAGGCGCC